CCUGCGCAGAACGGCGCGGCGCGGCAAGAUGGCGGACAAAGAGAAGAAGAAGAAGGAGAGCAUCUUGGACCUGUCCAAGUACAUCGACAAGACGAUCCGGGUGAAGUUCCAGGGGGGCCGCGAAGCCAGCGGAAUCCUGAAGGGCUUUGACCCGCUGCUCAACCUCGUGCUGGACGGCACCAUCGAGUACGUGAGAGACCCCGACGACCAGUACAAGCUCACAGAGGACACGCGGCCGCUGGGCCUGGUGGUGUGCAGGGGCACCUCGGUGGUGCUCAUCUGCCCGCAGGACGGCAUGGAGGCCAUCCCCAACCCCUUCGUCCAGCAGCAGGAGGCCUAGCGGGCGGCUUACCCGCACGAACGGACUUCCCUUUUUGUAUAGGUUACAUUUUUCUUUUGUUAAUAAAAUCGCAAACUUCUGGAGCCCCAGGACCUUG